ACCCAUCCCAUCUUGUCAAGGUCUUCCCCAUCGCUACAAUGGCUUCUCGUGUGGCUAAGAGCGCCAUUGGUGCUGCCCGGCUCCGGCCGACCCUUCCCGCGCGCAACGUCGCUCCCAUCACUGCCAGCUUGACCGCGUCUCGUUCGGCCUCCAACGUCCCUGCCGAGGACCCCAGCAAGAAGGCUCAGUCUAUCCUCGACUCUCUUCCCGGCAACACCCUGGUCUCCAAGACCGCCAUCCUCUCCGCCGCCGCCGGUCUCUCCGUUGCCGCCAUCAGCAAUGAGCUCUACGUUAUGAACGAGGAGACCGUCGCUGCUUUCUGUCUUCUCAGCGUCUUCACUGCCGCUGGCAAGUACGGAGGUCCCGCCUACCGUGAGUGGGCUGAGGGUCAGGUCCAGAAGCACAAGGACAUCCUGAACGCUGCCCGUGCCGACCACACCAGCGCUGUCCGGCAGCGCAUGGACAACGUCAAGGAGCUCUCCGGUGUUGUUGACAUCACCAAGCAGCUCUUUGCUGUUUCCAAGGAAACCGCCCAGCUUGAGUCUCAGGCCUACGAGCUCGAGCAGCGUACCGCUCUGGCCGCCGAAGCCAAGCAGGUUCUUGACUCCUGGGUCCGCUACGAGGGCCAGGUUAAGCAGCGCCAGCAGCGUGAGCUUGCCGACACCAUCAUCGGCAAGAUCCAGAAGGAGCUCGAGAGCCCCAAGGUUCUCCAGCAGAUCCUCCAGCAGAGCGUCGCCGACGUUGAGCGGAUCAUGUCUUCUAAGGCCCAGUAAAUGGACUUGCAUGAAUGGCUUCCUAGCUAUUGAUAUCAUGUACAAAUUAAGGAUCUGUUUCUGUGCUCCGUUAGACAUACCAAUACCAUUCUGAUCAAAAUCAGGAGUAUUGUAGAUGAUUGUACUAUGUAUUUUUCUAUUUCAAUAAAGUGAU